AUGUCUGGGGAAUCGAAUGCAGCUAAGCGCAGGGAUAUUGUGAAAUUGAUUGCUAAUGGUUUUGAAGUUGAAAUGUUGCCAGACGGAAAUGCUUACGCUGUUAAAUUCAAAGGACCUACAGGUACUCCUUAUGAAGGAGGUAUUUGGAAAAUUCGAGUUCAGUUGCCAGAUAAUUAUCCAUUCAGUUCUCCAUCUAUAGGGUUCAUGAACAAGAUUUUUCACCCUAAUAUCGAUGAAAAAUCAGGUUCAGUAUGUUUGGAUGUUAUUAAUCAAACCUGGUCGCCUUUAUUCAAUUUACAAAAUAUUUUUGAAUGUUUUCUGCCUCAACUGUUGGCAUACCCAAAUCCAGUGGAUCCAAUAAAUGCAGAAGCAGCUGCGUUGUUUAUUGAUAAGCCUGGUGAAUUUCAUGAAAUGGUGAGCCAAUUCGUUCUGAAUGAGUGUCCGUGUGUGUGUCUGGCUGACGCGUGCUGGCGGGCGCAGAGCGAGGGCGUGUCGCGCGCCGUGUACGAGGGGGCGUGGCCGCUGGCGCCGCCGCCGCUGCGCCGCCUGCUGCUGUUGGUGAUGGUUCGCGCCCAGCGGCCUCUGGUGGUGCGCGUGGGCAGCUUCUCUGUGCUCUCCGUGCUCACCUUUGCGGCGAUCAUCCAGUCAUCCUAUACGUAUUUGACAGUUUUGAGAGAAUUUCUUGAUUAGAUUAAUUUUCAUGAAAUUCUUGUCUAU